AUGCGUCUUCCAUGGGAUAACCAGUGGGGGGUAUCGACCCCUUCUGGAAACUGGACAGGUAUCAUAGGAACUCUGCAGUACCACAAAGCGGAUUUUGGCAUGUCCAUCACUUACAACGUGGGGCGAAUGAAGGUUGUGGACUUCACCCGAAUCCUCCUGAAGGAACCCGUCAUUAUGGUGAUGUCCAAGCCACGCCCACCUCCUCCUUACCUGGCUAUUGUUUAUCCGUUUACAGGAGAAGUCUGGGCAGCAGUGUUUGUGUCUUGCAUCGUAGGUGGAAUCUUUUUGUGGAUUGUACAACAGGCUUGGGUCGGAAUUUCUGGAGAGAAGGGCCUGUCCCUCGCAAUGUCUUUUCUGUACACUAUUGGUGGGCUCUUGGGGGUGCCAGCCACCAUACUUCCACAAAAUACUUCUGGUUUGACCAAGGCCAUCGAUUCCCUGGAGGAGAUGCUAAGAGAUCCAGGGUGGACUUGGGGUUAUGCUGACACCCACAGUGGCACUUACGACCUCUUCAAGAAGAGUGACAAUCCAGUCAUCAAGAGGGUCUUCGAAGGUAUGCAGCAAGCCGAGCGGAUUCUUAAAGAGAAACACGUCCUCAUCAUCAAAGAGUUUCUCUUCAAGUCCUUAAAAUCUGCAAUAGCAAGGAACAGGCGUGGGGAGUCUCCCUUCUACUACGGGAAAUCGGAGUAUUUUGCCAACGGAGACGGCUGGACUUUCAGGUCUUGA